AUGACUGACCAGAGCUGGCAAGAAGCGCUUGCGAGCAAGACGGACGCUGCCAAGCAGGAGUGGAUGGCACUGGAACGUCGCUACCACUUGCAGCUGGCCGAAGAGGACGCUGCAGCAGGGACGACGGGUGGAACACGCGGCGUGCGUCUCUUCCUCAGUCUGUCAGCGCCAGAGCUGCCAACGCGACUGAAGGGUCAAGUGGAACUGCUGAUGACGGUACCUGAGAACUACCCAAUGGAAGCAGUUCGAGUGGAUUUUUCGCAGUGGAGUAGUCGACUAUCGGGAGAUCAAGUGGAUGCGUUGAAUGCAGCGAUGAACGCUCGGGCUACGGAGCUGUGCGGUGGCUUCUCGAUGCGGAAGCUGCUGACGUGGAUGGACAAUCGCUUUUGGCAGAUCAUUGCGCCAUUUGAGGAGGAAGAGGGAGUGGAAGUACCGGCAGUAGCUGAUGAUUCGAGCCGUGAGCUGGAGACAUUGGUGGUUGAAGUGAAGGAGCUAGUGUCGAGUGAGAAGAAAGUGAAAGGAACGCGACAUCCGCGAGCCUGUCGCUUUUUUGCAAGAGGCAAUUGCAGAGAGGGCGAAAGGUGCAAUUUCUCACACAAGAAACGGCUAAAACAGGUGGGUGAAGGUCUUGACACUGUUGGAGUGUCGGUCGUCGGGGACGUUAGUCAGGCCUUGUCGGAUGAGUUGCCAAAACCUGUGUCAGAAACACCUGCAACAACAACAAAAACUCGAACGCGUAGAUGCAGGUUUUUUGCACAGAAGGGAUGCCGUGAUGGAGACACUUGUGAGUUCUCUCAUGAGCUAAAGAGUGCUGAAACGAAACAGAAGAGUCAGAAGGAGAAGUUGGAAAGCAUGCCGCGGGCUUGUGUAGUUGUUUUGAAUGAAGGUGGUACCGGAUUGAAGGACAGCCAAGCAGGCACAAGAGUAAAACAGGACUCGCCAGGCUACAACAAACAAAGUGUCGAGGACAACGGCGUAAGCAGCGAUGAGUGGUCAGAAGCACAGCAGCGGGAGCUUGAUCUGGCGCUGAAGAAGUAUCCAGCAUCCAUGGAUAAGAAGGAACGGUGGGUAAGCAUAGCGGAUGAGGUCAACGGUCGAUCCCUGAAUGAAUGCAUUGACCGCUUUAAGGCACUGUGCGAACUCGUUCGUCGUGGCGUGGACCCCGUUGCUACUGCUGAAAAGAUGGACACCGGUGAAAGAACAGCAGAGUCAAGUGAAAACGGGGAAUACGUCGACAACUCGAAGAUCGUUCCAGCUGAGAAACGCGUGCCAAUCUCGACGGAACCUGAAGUAAAGGGCACGCGUAUUUGCUUUGAAGAUUUAUUCUUGCACGAAGUGGGCACUCUCGUCGUGCAUGACCUGGUGUGCCAGAUUCAAUGUGGUAACUGUCCCUUGAAGUUCGAUGCAUCUCUUCGACUGGACGCCGCAGAACUUCAGAAGUGGUGUCCACGGUGCAGUGUGCUCCAUCACGUGUCUAUGCGGCCAGUGUUUGCGCACUCGAUGAGCAAUGUGCUUGCGUACGUGGACACGGAGAAUUGCAGUAUCGUCGACGUUCUCCCCAGCGAUGUGCUAGCCACGUGCUUGGAGUGUGGAUGCGAGACGUUACUUGCGAGAGUAAGGCCGCAACAGCGAUCAGAGCAAGCCUGUUUCUCCUGCCACGUCAAACUUGCUGUAAUGGCCAAACGGUUUAUUGCAGCGCCGGUAAAGAGUACAUCCAUGCAGCAGAGUACCGACGCUGCUCCAAAGAUCGCGAAGGGAACGAAAGGACCCAGGCAACCCGCAGAAGUGCUUGUGCUCGGACAGCCGUUGCCUCGUAAUGGAACGUGUGACCAUUACAAGCACUCGCAGCGCUGGUUUCGAUUCCAGUGCUGCGGAAAAGCGUUCCCGUGUGACGUUUGCCACGACUCGAGUGACUGUCCGGAGGCCAAUCUGGGAAAAUUCGCAAGUCGCAUGAUUUGCGGCUUGUGUUCGAAAGAACAAUCGAGCUCCGUCAAGGUGUGUUCGUGCGGCAACGACGUGGCUAGUAAGAAGUCAACCUCUUGCCAUUGGGAAGGUGGUGCUGGGUGUCGCGAUUCCUUGAAAAUGUCGCGCUGGGAUAAGCAGAAGCAUCGCGGCCAGAAGAAGACGGAGAGCAAGAAGCUUAGUCGAGUAGGAGCUGAAGCCAAGAGACGUCGAGAGAAUGCGUAA